AGAACUGGGUCUCCCCUCGAGGUAAAAACAACAGCAACUGAAAAUUGUCUAGUUCUGCGGCAGCAUAGUCUCGCUACUCGCAAGACAGGAUCUUCUUGGAGCUCCGAAACCUGCAACAGAGAUGGAUAAGGGAGAAGCCAGAGGUGGAAGAGGAGGAAGAUUAGGGUAUCGAGGUAGAUCCAGAAGACCCUAUUCAUCUUAUACUUCCAGGCCUGUUCGAUCUAGUUAUGAAUUUUCUUCUUCAAAUAGAGAUGAAGAAAGGACAACUAGAAGCACCGCCAAAGAAGAGGAAGAAGAUUCGUCUAUAGUUGGAACUUGUUUAGAUAUGUGUCCAGCCAAGGAAAGAGCUCAGCGUGAACGAUUAAGAGAUUUGGCUGUAAUCGAGAGGUUAAAUGGCAACCCUGGAAAAACAUCUCCAAGCCUUGCUGUCAAAAAGUUUUGCAGGACUAUCUCUACCGUGGAUUCACACCCAUCAGAUGUGCGCCCUCUUCAGGUGUUGGAAGAUACAUUAUCCUACCUUUUGAACUUGUUAGAUUCUUCAGAGCAUCCGUUCGAAGUACUUCACGAUUUCAUCUUUGAUAGGACUAGGUCCAUUCGACAAGAUCUUGGCAUGCAAAACAUUGUUAAUGAUCGAGUAAUCUACAUGUACGAGGAAAUGGUUAAAUUCCACAUUACAUCCCAUCACAAGCUUUCCCAGUGUAGUAGCAAUUCCGACAUAUCUCCUUUGCAUCACCUAAAUAUGGAGCAACUCUCUAAAUGCCUUUUGUCUAUUUAUGAGUUAUACAAUGCUAAUCGGGAGUCAGGCGCUUGUAAUGUGAACGAAGCUUAUUUCCGUUCAUUUUAUUUACUCCUUCAACUUGGUUCUAAUAGCCACUCAACGGGUGAGUCACUAUCCUUGUGGCUUCGACGACUGCCUACUCCUAUAAUUAAGUCAAAAGAAAUGAGCUUUGCUCGGCGAAUUUUAAGGUUCUUCAGAAUAGGCAAUUACAAACAAUUUCUAAGUUUUACAGCAGCAGAAGCAUCAUUUCUACAAUACUGCUUACUGGAACCUUCUAUUUACGAGGUUCGCAUACUAGCGGUGUCUUGUAUCAAUAACGGGGGUUACAAGCUCUUUCCAUACCCACUACAAGACCUAUCAAAGCUCUUACUAAUGCAGGAGUCUGAUGUGGAGUCCUUCUGCUACUCAUGCGGACUUGAAAUCAGUACAGAUGAAGCAGGAAACAAGUUCUUGCCUACGAAGCAAACGAGUUUCUCUCGACCUAAAGUGAGAUUCCCAUAUUACAGCUUAUUGGGUUGUGAGAGAUUAACAGACAGAGGAUACAUGAGAGGGAUUGGCUCUAUCUAGGGUUGAAAGGAUGUUUCUUUUUGUGUAAGAUAUGUAUAACUUUCUCAUAAUUACAAAUGCUUGCAAACCUGAAUUAACUCGAAAAGAAUUGAUCUAUGGUAUGUAUUUGAGAAAUCGUAACCAUGCCCGUGAGGCACUCAUCAUCCAUGAUUUAUAUUGUUAAAAUGCUCA